CUCUGUUUUGAUUUUGCACAGGGCAACUGCCUCCGUUUCAAUCGAGGAAACCUUUAAAUGAAACUUGCUUAAAAUCUGAGCUCGCACACAGAAGAGAGACUGCAAUCAACGCUGAAGUGGAAGGGAAAGAUGCUGUCCUUGAACAACCUGCAGAAUGUCAUCUACAACCCGAUAAUCCCCUAUGUUGGGACCAUCCCUGAGCAGUUGGAGCCUGGAACUUUGAUUGUGAUCCGUGAGCACGUUCCCGGGGACUCCGACAGGUUCCAGGUGGACCUGCAGUGCGGCAGCAGCGUGAACCCGCGAGCGGACGUGGUCUUCCACUUCAACCCCCGUUUCAAAAGGACCAACUGCAUCGUGUGCAACACCCUGAAAAAUGAGAAAUGGGGGCGGGAGGAGAUCACCUACGACAUGCCUUUCAGGAAGGAGAAGUCCUUCGAGAUCGUGAUGAUGGUGCUCAAAGACAAAUUCCAGGUGGCUGUCAAUGGAAAACACACGCUGCUCUACGCCCACAGGAUCAGCCCCGAGAAAAUCGACACCCUGGGCAUCUACGGCAAAGUGAGCGUCCACUCGGUGGGCUUCAGCUUCAGCUCGGAUUUAAGGAGCGCCCAAGCAUCCACUCUGGAAGUGGCAGUUCUAAAUGGAGAAGAUGUACCCAGUGCCGGCAUGUCGCAGUUUCCUAGUAAUAGAGGAGACACUGAUAAAACCGUACCCAGAACUGUCUGCACCAAGAGCAAAGGUCCGACUGCCCAUCACACUUUGACUUGCGCCAAAAUACUACCUAUCAACUGUUUGUCCAAGACUCUGCCUUUCGUGGCGAGGUUGAACUCCUCCAUGGGCCCCGGACGGACUGUCGUCAUUAAAGGAGAAGUGAACGCGAAGGCCAAAGGCUUUAAUGUUGAUCUGAUAUCAGGAAAAUCAAAGGAUAUUGCUCUCCACUUGAACCCGCGCCUGAAUAGUAAAGCAUUUAUAAGGAAUUCUUUCCUUCAAGAGUCCUGGGGAGAAGAAGAGAGAAAUAUUACCUGUUUCCCAUUUAGUCCUGGGAUGUACUUUGAGAUGAUAAUUUACUGUGAUGUUAAAGAGUUCAAGGUUGCGGUGAAUGGCGUCCACAGCCUGGAGUACAAGCACAGGUUUAAAGAGCUCCCCAGCAUCGACACCCUGGAGAUCGACGGAGACAUCCAGCUGCUGGAAGUAAGGAGCUGGUAGCCGACACGACCACCACGAAAACUGAAAUACAGAAUGGCUUACGUGACCCUGGCCUGGUUAAAGUGCAUCUCACGACCAUACUACCUGUGUACAUAGCUAAGAUGAGCUUCCGCAGCGUUAGUCCUCCCGGUGUUCUCAGACCUGUCACGCAGGAGGAGGAAGUUGCAGGCAGCAGCAGCUAUGCAUUAUUCAGGCCUCCUCCUCUCUCCCCACCCGCCUCUUGUUUAUAAUCCGCUUCACAGUCACCAGGCGCUGGUGAGGUGCCUGCUCUAUACAGCAGCUAACACGCAUCGAGCACUGCCUUUGCCAGCACCGUGCUGGGUUGGAUGUACAGUGGUGCCCAAAACCAUGUUCCUUAUACUCUUCUGUGUCUCCCCUUGUGCCACUGCAGGUUAGAUACACUCACCAGGGCCUUGGAAUGACUCAGCUAUUAAAUCACCUAGGACAUUAAUUAUAGAAGACACUACUACAGCCCCAGGGACCACAUUCUUAAGGAGCCUUCUCUCAUCCCUGCAGCCGAGUUGAUAGCGACUUAUAUCUGGCAGUUCCCUUUAACAUAAUAAGCAUCUAACUGUAAGCACCACCAAAUCAUUAACACUAUGACAUGAACACGGCACAGAGAUUAAGGCAACAAAACGAAGCAAAGGCAACACAAACAAAUGGUGUUGAAAUUCACUUGAUGUCAAUCACAAUACUUUUGUACCAGUAAGUGGUUAUUAUAGCAUUUUUUUUUUUAAAUGAAUUUAGGGUGAGUUAAAGGUCUGCACAUACCUGUACAGAGUUUAAGGUAGAAGCGAGAGGAAUUCAAUUUGCAAAUGUUUAUGGGUCACAAAGCAAAGUUAAGAACUGAUUUAAUGUUUAUGAAACGGGCCCUACCAGAAAGUGAAAUAGACCACCGUAGAGAGGCAACAUAAACACCUGUUGGGUGUCCGCAUGCAAAGCGACACCGCCUCUCUGCUCUUCCAGAUUAGUCCAUCCCUAGGCUGAGAUCAAACAUUGUUCUAUCUGAGUGAUUAAAUCAAACCUGUAUCAGCAAGUUAAGUGUUGCAUUUCUGUAAUUUUUCCUAUGACUCUUUGAAACGAGUUGGCAGAAUUCUUUGAAGAAUUCUUACAUGUCAGAUCUUGUUUCAGGAAAUUUAAGAGGCUUGCGACGGGGGAGGUAAAAAGCUCCAUCAGCCAGAUCAUUUGUCUUAUUAAAUUGCUGAGCUGGAUUCUGCCAGGAUUUAGAAGUAUUUUCAUAACAGAUAUUCGUUAUUUUUUAAUACCAAUAUACUGAAAAGAAUACUAUUACCAACAUAUAUAUAUACUUUAAAGUACCCACUCAGUGUAGAAACUUCUAGCAUUCUUUCCCUGUAAAUUUAUUAUGCCGAAUCUUGCCCAACUCAAAAAAUACUGAUGGGGGCGGGAGGGCAAGAAGACUCUAGAAUCCCAGGGUUAUUUUUUUUCUUCCUGAAAGACUGCAUGACUGAGAUUUUCCCCAAGUCCAAAGGACUGAAUACAAAAUCUUAAGAUGUUUUUGAAGUGAAGCUAUUAGCAUUUAUGACUGAAUCUUACUAAGAUUCUCCUUGAAGAAAAUAUAUAUAUCUCUAAACUGCA